CAAGUUGACCCGCGCAUGUACCCGCCCCGCCACCCACCGUGGGCCCGAUCGAAUAGUGUAGCCGGCCAAUCCAACUCCCCAAGCGGCAACCAGUUUCACUCUCUUCUCUUCAGCAAACCACGUUUUUCUGCGGUGCCACUGCGACACUCGCUGGCCCCCAAAACGACCAUGAACAUGAACCCCCCGCAGAGAACUCUCUCCGGUUCGUCGCAGAGCCCUAGAUCUCCGUCUUCGUCGUCGCAACCUUUUCUCUCCGUCUCCGUCACCGAUCCCGUUAAGCUCGGCAAUGGCGUCCAAGCCUAUAUCUCCUACCGCGUCAUCACCAAAACAAAUUUUCCUGAAUACCAAGGACCUGAGAAGAUUGUCAUCCGACGUUACAGUGACUUUGUCUGGUUACGUGAUCGCCUUUUUGAGAAGUACAAAGGCAUUUUCAUUCCCCCUCUUCCAGAGAAAAGUGCUGUAGAGAAAUUUCGUUUCAGUGCUGAAUUUAUUGAAAUGAGGCGGCAAGCAUUGGAUGUAUUUGUAAAUAGGAUAGCAUCACAUCAUGAACUUCAACAAAGUGAGGACCUGAGGUUGUUUUUGCAGGCAGAGGAAGAGACAAUGGAACGAUUAAGGUCACACGAGACUGGCAUAUUCAAGAAGAAACCAGCUGAUCUAAUGCAGAUUUUUAAGGAUGUGCAAUCUAAAGUCAGUGAUGUUGUCCUUGGGAAAGAGAAGCCAGUAGAAGAAUCAGAUCCUGAGUAUGAAAAAAUGAAACAUUACAUCUUUGAGCUUGAAAACCACUUGGCUGAAGCUCAAAAGCAUGCAUACCGUCUUGUGAAGAGGCACAGAGAGUUGGGGCAAUCACUGUCUGAUUUUGGAAAAGCAGUAAAACUUCUAGGUGCUUCUGAAGGAAAUGCUCUUGGAAAAGCAUUCUCUGAACUUGGGAUGAAGUCAGAGAUUUUAUCAGCCAAGUUGCAAAAGGAGGCUCAUCAGCUCUUGAUGAAUUUUGAAGAACCUUUGAAAGAUUAUGUCCGUGCGGUACAAUCUAUUAAGGCAACAAUAGCAGAGAGGGCCAAUGCCUUCAGAAGACAAUGUGAACUGGCUGAAACAAUGAAGCUAAAGGAGAUUAAUCUUGACAAGCUCAUGCUGAUUCGAUCUGAUAAAGUUGCAGAAGCUGAGCAUGAAUAUAAAGAGUUGAAGGCAGAGAGUGAACAGGCGACGAAGACAUUUGAGAUGAUUGUGAAACUAAUGAAUGAAGAGAUGGGUCGUUUUCAGGAACAGAAAACAUUAGAUAUGGGGAUUGCUUUCCAUGAAUUUGCCAAAGGUCAGGCACGUCUAGCAAAUGGUAUUGCAGACGCAUGGCGAAGUUUGCUUCCUAAACUGGAAGCAUGUUCCACCUCAUAGAGGAUUAAUCAAUGAGUUCUGCAGAGCAUAGAUAAAGUACUCUUUCAUGGGUGUUUACAGCCCUUACAGGGGCUUCUAGGGUAUGGCAAACACAGGUCGCAGCUCUUGUUUUGUAAAAGAGCUUUCAGAUUAUGUUGUAAAAGAUGUGUUUUUCUUUCUGGCCGAUUUUGUACAAAUUUUAAACAAAGUAAAAGGUUACCUAUCCGCAUUUUUAUUUUUUAUUUUGCUGCUGUUGCGUUGCGAUAUCUCUUUCUCUUGCUCUCUGAUGUUGUUGUAUAUAGUCACAGGAUUUAAAAGCACAGGAGAGAAUGUUGUUUUUGACUUUGCACAAGCUUUUGAUUUAAUAAAUUACAUAAAUCUAUUUAA